UCUCUUUUCUUUUUUUCAAUUUUGGUUGAUUCUUUUUUAAAUACACCUCACUUUUUCAAAAGCUUCCCUUACAAAAAAGAAAACCCCCAAAACCAUAACACAUGCCACUCCAAAAGUGCUAUUUUCUGCCACCCAUUUCAUCUUUCUUCAUUGUCAUUUCUUCCUUGCUCUUUGUUACGGCUUUUGGUUAUGGAUCACCGGGCCCGAUCGCGGCAGCUUUUGGAGAAAAUGGGUUUUUUUGUGCCAUUGAUGCUGGUGGGGAACAACAGGUCAUUUGUUGGGAUAAAACCAACAAGACAUCUUCGGUUCCCACUUUCGAUUUUGUUCCUUCCAUGGCUUCUCUCUCUGGUGGUGAAGGAUUUCUCUGCGGCAUUACUGCAAACAAUUCGCUGGCGUUUUGUUGGGAUUUAUUGGAUUUUGGUAUAAAUCUUGUUCCUAAAGCUUUUAGAUAUAAUUCUUACUCCCAAAUUGCUGCUGGGAAAUCUCAUGUUUGUGCUAUCAAAGGGUCUUAUUUUUCAAGUUCUAAUGAUUUCGGUAAUGUGGAUUGCUGGGAACUUGAUCGAUCACUUGGUAAAAGUAAUUUUACUACGAGUUCUUUUAGUAAUCAUUAUGUUAACAAUGUUAUUGUUAAGAACAUUGUUUCUGGGGAUGGUUUUAGUUGUGGGAUUGCUAAGGAAACUAGUUUGAUCUUUUGUUGGGGUCCAAAAUCCAGCAACUUAGGAAUCUUUAAUGUGUCUAGUGAGUUUAAGGUUUUAGCUUCUGGGAAAAAUUCAAUUUGUGGGAUUUCUGAGAUGUCUGGUGAAGUUGAAUGUUGGGGUGAUUCAAGUGAGUUUGGCCUCCCUCCCCAUGGGACUCCAUUCAUUAGUUUAUCGGCCGGUGGACAGCGUUUUUGCGGCAUCCGUGAAGAUGAUCAUGAAAUAGAAUGCUGGGGAAGGAACAUUAAUGUUUCUUCAGUUCCAAAGGCUUCUGGUUUCUUGGCUAUUGCUUCAUCAGAUUCCAUGACUUGUGGGGUUCGAGAAGUUGACUUGGUUCUUAAUUGUUGGGGCGUAAACGAACAGACUUCACUGGACUAUAGUCCACCUUUGCAGCUAUGUAGCCCUGGUGUAUGCUCUCCGAGCUCAUGUACCGAUGGAAAGUUUGCUUUCAAUGCAAGUAUCCUUAAUGAGCCGGAGUUGACAAGUUUAUGUGCUCAGAAUGAGUUGCAAAUAUGCUUGCCUUGUGGAACGAAUUGUUCCGUAGGGUACUUCCCUUCAAGUACAUGCACUGCCAAUGCUGAUCGAAUAUGCACUCCUUGCUCUCUUUGCCAAAGCAGCUCUUGCUGGGAUGUAUGCGGAGUUCUGUCUUCGUCUGAGUCUCAGCAGCAAGACCAGGCAGAGAUAAAAAAGUUGGUGGUCAUUAUUGGAUCUUCUGUAUUGGGUUGCUUACUAAUUUUUGUUGCUUGUUGUGUUUUCCCCCGAAUCAUCAAAAAGAGAAGUGAAGGAAAAGGAAGAAUCCAGUGCGGUUUUUGCAUAGGCAAACCAGUUGCGGAGGCUGAUCCCAAUCCCAAUCCAGUUCUGCCUUUAUCUUUAACAACCUUUGUUGGAGAGACCCAAGUUUAUCGGCUUUCAGAACUGAAAGAUGCUACUCAUGGAUUUAAAGAAUUCAGUGAGCUCGGAAGAGGGAGCUUCGGUUUUGUAUACAAAGCUGUUCUUCCUGAUGGAAGGCAAGUAGCAGUCAAGCGAGCUAAUGCUGCUACGAUAAUUCACACCAACAGCCGAGAUUUUGAAGCAGAGUUAGAAAUACUAUGCAAUGUAAAGCAUACCAAUAUUGUGAACUUAUUAGGCUAUUGUGCUGAAAUGGGGGAAAGGUUACUCGUAUAUGAAUAUAUGCCUCAUGGUACACUUUAUGACCACCUUCACGGUGACCUCUCUCCUUUAGGUUGGGACCUCCGAUUGAAGAUUGCAUUUCAGGCUUCGAGAGGACUUGAGUAUCUUCAUAAUGCAGUCAGUCCUCCCAUUAUCCAUAGAGAUGUGAAGACUUCAAAUAUACUUUUGGACUCCGAAUGGGGUGCAAGGAUAGCCGAUUUCCACAUCGUAAGUGCCACUACAGACAACGAUUUAAGUGGGAACAUGGAGGAUGAUGUUUACAAUUUCGGAAUCGUUCUACUAGAGAUAUUAAGUGGAAGGAAAGCUUAUGAUAGAGAUUGCACACCUCCAGGGAUUGUUGAGUGGGCACUGCCUCUAAUAAAGCGAGGAAAGGCGGCUGCCAUUAUCGACCGGAACAUCGCUCUCCCGAGAAAUGUGGAACCGUUGCUUAAAUUGGCAGAUUUGGCUGAGCUUUUGUUGAAGGAAAAUCCCAGUGAAAGACCAAGCAUGAAUAAUGUGGUAAGCUCAUUAGAGCAAAUUGUCAAGUGUGAACUAAUCUUGUCAUGAAAAUUCAUCAAAAAUUCAUAUUAAUAAAGGGGUAUGUCUGAAAA